AUGUCCGCAAUUGGGUCUACCUUCUCGAGAGCUUUCAGUAAAAACUCAAUUUACCUGCUUGCAGGUGCCACGACGGCCGUUGGUGCUGGAGUAGCAUUCAACAAGUACCAAAAUAACAACAGAAACAACAGUCGCUGGAAAAUCUGGGCACCUUUGGCAGCUGGCACCGGUCUUCAUCUAGCAGAAGUCCAAAAAGGGCCCGAGGACUACCAAAAAAUCUACAAUGCCAUUGCUACAAAACUGCGGGACGAAGACGAGUACGACAACUACAUCGGGUACGGACCAGUGCUUGUGCGUUUAGCGUGGCACGUUUCGGGAACAUUUGAGAAAAGCGACAACUCUGGUGGGUCGUUCGGUGGCACGUACAGAUUCAAAAAAGAGAUGAACGAUCCUUCCAAUAAGGGUCUGCAAAACGGCUUCAAAUUUUUGAGCCCCAUCCAGAAAGAGUUCCCUUGGAUUUCCCACGGCGAUCUGUACACCUUGGCCGGCGUCACCGCUAUUCAGGAAAUGCAGGGACCCAAAAUUCCCUGGAAGGCCGGCAGAGUCGACCAGCCAGAAGACAAAACUCCAGACAACGGAAGACUACCAGACGCCAGCAAGGACGCCAGCUACGUGAGAAAUUUCUACAAGCGUAUGAACUUCAACGACAGAGAAGUGGUGGCCUUGUUGGGUGCGCACGCUCUUGGCAAAACUCACUACGACAACUCUGGUUUCGAAGGUCCAUGGGGUGCAGCAACCAAUACUUUCUCUAACGAGUACUUCAAUAAUCUACUAAAUGAAAACUGGAAACUGGAAAAGAACGAAGCUGGUAACAUGCAGUAUAACAACGACAAAGGCUACAUGAUGCUUCCUACCGACAUGGCUUUGGUACAAGACCCUAAUUACAAGAAAAUUGUCAAGGAAUACGCUGAAAAUGAGAAAGCUUUCUUCAGCGAUUUUUCCAAGGCCUUUACCAAACUGAUAGAAAACGGUAUUGAAUUUCCUAAGGAUAUCAAGGCUACGACUUUCAAGACGCUAGACGAACAAGAGUAA